AUGGAUAUGCAUACCACCCUGAUGAUGGUGGUGGAAUCGGGUAUGGCUCCCUCUGUCCGUCUGGUCCUGCUUCUUGCCGUCUUGCUCAGCCUGGGGGAGACUCCUGCCUCUGUACCUGUCCACCAGGGGCGAGGAGGCUGGACCCUCAACAGCGUGGGCUAUCUCCUGGGUCCCGUGCCCCACCUUCCCCGGAGCGCGGACCACGGAGGGAAGGAGAAGACAGCCCUGGAGGUCCUAGACCUGUGGAAGGCCGUUGAUGGGCUCCCCUAUCCCCGCCCUCAGCGGGCCUCCAAGAGGAGCCUGAGGGAGACCUUUGCCAAAGCAGAGACUGCAGAUCUGGGCAAGCUCAGCGAGAAAGCCCCCAAGGAGGGAGAUGCCCUGCGGUCCUAG